AUGGAAAAUUUAUUGCUUGCUUUUGUCCCUCUUCGACGGACCUUGGAUGAUUCUGAUGGUUUGCCCGCGACCUUUCAAGAAUUUGAAAAUAACCCCUCGGCUCUUAGUGCAGAGGAUCGCACUCGGCUUCUCGACCUUCCUGACCUUGCAACUCAAGUCGCAAACAUUGCUAUCACCGCGCCAACAACCUCGAAUAAGCAGGAUUUCUUGAAGAAGGCAGCCGAGUCACCUAGGGAUCUAACUUUCUCUGAGAUUGAUUUGUUGAAGAGCCGCUAUUGGGGAAAACUUACCUUUGACGAAAAAGAGGCGUUUGAGGAUGCUUUGGGUACGUUAGCAGGCAUCUCCUAUGAGUAUCGCACGGAAACCUUGGAGCGCCUACAAAAUUUCCAGAGUCAUCUCUACGAGCAGUAUGAAGCUAACGCAAUCGCAAAUGCGUUCGAUGAAGAGACCAGACGAGUUGAUGGAAUGGAGAAAGAUUGGAAACAAAGGGACUUCGAUAUAAUGUUACAACAAGGGCAGCCCUAG